AUGAGUCUACAUGGCACAACUCUUGUUUCUGGAUCAUCGGAUCUAACACUUCGAGUCUGGGACAUUGUCGACGGGAAAUGCCUUCACAUUUUGGCUAUCGAGGCGGAGUUUGAGCCAGAGCGCGGUCUUGUCGUGUCGGGUAGUAGUGAUGACGGAACGAUUCGCGUCUGGGAUGUGCAAAGAGGAACAUGCAUCGCACUUAUUGGCUGUCGUCACAAUUUAAGGUACACAGGUAACUUUGGGAUGCAGCUUCGCGGAAACAAUUUGGCCUGCUAUUACGCCUCGGAAGUUAAGGUUUGGGACAUUCGUGAGGGUGGCUCAUGCCUUCACCACUUGCAUGGCGGAAAUGGUCAGACGUCGACCAUCACUUCAUUGCAAUUGCUCGACUCCGGACUUUUGGUGACAGGUUCGAGGAAUGGCUCGGUGAAGCUGUGGGAUGUGAAGAAAGGUACCUUCGUUCGUGAUCUCGUUCGAUCUCGUUGGGGUGACCCUGGCCGUUAUUAUUGUAAUCUCAAAGCCUCUGAAACAUUACUCGUAUGUGGAGUUCGAUCGGUAGAGGAGGCAAAGCUCAUCUUGAUCGAUCUUGACGCAUCAUAUCCA